AAUGUUAGUACUGACCCCGGCGGGAGAGGCGCCACCAUCGAUUCCAGUGAAAAUUCGCCUGCUCAUUAACAACCGACCAUCAUCGGGAAGCUUAAAAGGAUAAUGGUUAAUUAUCCGGGGGCUACAAACGAAAUCAAUGCAGGUACAAUGAUGUACUAAUUAUGUACAAUCACCUACAUUAGUUGGUUCUUUCGUUUGCAACCCCCCGCCGGCUAAGUGCAUUGUGGUAUUUAAUAGCGGGAUCGUUCGUCCUCGCAUCACACACACCGCUAUCCUCCGACCUAGUUCUCUGCCACCCCACAGGCCCCAGGAAUCAACAAAGACCGUUAAAUCAUCUCGCGUCAAGUGGAAAUGGAUGUUCGACACAUCGGAAUGUUCUGUCAACCUCUGAAGUGACAAAAAUUGUCUCCAUUAGUUCGAUGAUAUUUGGGAAGUGUAAUGGCAUCUGAUAAUUAACGCGAUUCCAUGACGUUUCAGUGGAGUGUUUCGUUGGCACGUGCCAUACAGCAAAUGGUGCACACGAGGAACUUCAGGGAUUUGAGGUUAGCAUUUUCCACUAUGCUUCAUAAAGGCCCUCGUCCCCUAGUCCUCUGCGGCCCCUCGGGCAGUGGUAAAAGCACCCUCAUAAAACGAAUGUUCGAGGAAUUCCCCGAUAAGUUCGGCUUCUCCAUCUCCCACACGACUAGGCAGCCCAGGCCUGGUGAGGAGCACGGCAAGCACUACUACUUCACCACCAAGGAGAAGAUGCAGGAUCAGAUAGACAGGGGAGAGUUCAUCGAGUCAGCGGUAUUCAGCGACAACACUUAUGGGACAAGCAAGAAGGCCGUGGAGGACGUGAUGGAAGCUGGAAAAAUUUGUGUUCUUGAUAUUGACAUGCAGGGGGUCAAGCAGAUCAAGAACACUUCGUUGAAUCCACUGUUGGUGUUCAUUAGGCCUCCCUCCAUUGAGGAGCUUGAGAAACGUUUGUUGGCUAGGAAAACCGAGACUGCUGAGUCUUUGCAACGGAGACUUUUGGCUGCUGCGGUCGAAAUUCGAUUUGGUGAUGAACCUGGUAAUUUUCAUCGCAUAAUUACCAACGAUGAUGUAGACAAGGCAUUCGGCGAAUUGCGUGAGUUUAUCCUCGACGAAGUGAAUCAAUCUGGUAAGAACGGAAGUUAAAAUCACUGCAUGACAAAAAAAAUCAUCGAAGCAUUUACCUGAAGCGUUUAUAGGGAUUAUUAAGAAACGAAAAUCAAGUUCAAUCAUUAAGCCCUAUUUUAAAGAAAGCAUAAUUUUGGGAAGUCAUUUAUAAUAAGGAACUUUUUCGAAUGAAUUUAUUUUCGUAUUUUUUUUUAGAUUUACUUUUUUGGGGUAUUCUUGAUAUUUUUUAGGUAUUCAUUGAAAAUUUAGUGAUACUUUUGAAAAAUAUUGCCGUCAUUUCGCUCCUCAGUGCGACGCUGGCCAGUUUUAAAUUUUAUUAGUUCACUUGUCGUUCAUGUUAGAGGAUAAAACUGAGAUUAUUCACCAAAUACAGUUGUGUUCCAAUAGGUAUAGGUUCUUACGACGGUAAGUAAUUUAUAAAUGCAUUAAUUAAGGGUAUUUCAAUCAUAUCGAGUUUAUUAUGAUUUUUGAAAACAAAUAAAUGACGAAAUUUUUUUUCUCUUUCACCAUUUGACCGCGCAUUUCCUUUUCCACAAGGAAAAUUUAAUGAAAUCAAUUCAGAACAUCUUUGAAGUAAUCUAUCUUGAAGGAUACAAAAUUCAUUUGGUUUUUGUUUUGCAAAAGAAAGGACGACAUCAAUUAAAAUCAUGUACUCUUAAUUAUCAUUUCGAAGACCUCCUUCGUAUCUUAAGUCGAAUGUAGUUCAAUAAUAGGCAGCUUAUAAUGUUUUUUUCUCGUGUGAAGUGGCGAGUCAUAAGAAAAUUUAUUUUUUAUUCUUUAUAAAUUCAUGAUCACUGCUGCGAGGAGUCGCUUUAGGAAAAAAUGCCGUGAAACUUUUAUGGGGCUCAGAAACUUCUCUACAAAGAAUGUCUUGUGCCAUUUGCUCGUAAAAUCACUUGGUACCGAAGUAAUUGGACAUUGAAUGCAAAUCAACCAUUAAAUUGUUUCGUUGUGUUUCCCCACUUCACCACGAUUUUCCUGUUAUAAAAAAUAAUUGACAAAACCAAUUAGCGAUAUUUUUGAUGUGAAAUAAAUUAUUUUGAUAGAUAAAACUCUAUUUAUUUUUAUUUUAUAAAAAAUUAAUUAAAAUGAAUCACUGUUGAUUAUACUUUCAAAUAUUUUCCGAAGAAACUGUUUUAGCUUAAGUUUCUAGAUUAAGUCAUUGUGGGGGCCUCCAGUAUUUUCGACACCUUGGAAAUCUCUCAUGUUCCCUAUAAUCGAGUAUUAUGUGUAAAUAGAGCGCGUGAAUAUAUUAGUACCUUGAAUAUUUCAAUUAACGAUGCAACUCAACGAGGCCUCCGUGUAGAAAAAUCAAUGUAAAUUGUGUAUAGAUGAAUAAAUAAUAAUGUGUUUCAAUGUUUAAUUAAUAGAUUAUCGUAAGACAAUUUGAUGAUUUCUGUCCAAUAAAUAAUUGUUGAGAAUUGAAA